UGCAGACGUUUCGGGUCCGUUACAUUGGAUACAUGCCGACAUGCAAGAAAGAGAUCAAAAGCUCAUUUCCUAGCCCUUGCAACCGAACUCGGAUCGUCUCGCGAUCGUCUGAUCAAAACUGAUCAAAACCGCCACUCUCUCUCUCUCUCUCUCUCUCUCUCUCUCCGAUUCCAAGGAAAUGGAGAACUCAGAGAAUCCUCAGAACGUUGUUAUGCCUCCAGUGGAAGGUGUUGCUGGAGGAGGGACCGGUUAUGGAUGGAGUGAUGGUAUCUCGAACUGUUCAAAUUCUCUCGGUGGUGUAGUUGAUCCUACAAAAGUUCCAUCUGCAGAUUUAUUGCAUGUGUGGUGUAUGCCAAGCACUGCAAACAUUGGACAGCAAGAAAUGCCUCGGCCUUUGGAGCCUAUAUCUCUUCUGGUGGCAAGAAAUGAAAGAGAAAGCACCCAAAUUGCUUUACGUCCAAAGGUUUCUUGGGGAGGUAUUGGUAUUGCAGGGGUUGUUCAAGUACACUCUACUGACUUGUGCUCCACUUCUGGUGAUAGGUUGGUUGUAGGACAAUCGUUGACUUUGCGCCGUGUUGUGUCUAUCUUAGGUGUGCCUGAUGCUCUUGUACCUCUUGAUCUACCAGUCACUCAAAUAAACCUAAUUCCUGGAGAAACCACAGCAAUUUGGGUUUCAGUUGACAUCCCCUCUGGGCAACCACCUGGUCAAUAUGAAGGGGAAAUUUUCAUUACUGCUCUGAAGGCCGAUGCAGAGUCUUCAGCACAACGUCUAGCUAAAUCUGAGAAGUAUCAAGUAUACACUGAAAUUAAAAAUUGUCUUGAAAUAGUGGAACCUGUAGACGGGGGAACAUUUGAGGAAGUGGUAGAAAGAGUGAAAUCUGCCUGUGUAGCUUUAAAAACAGUUCUUUUGUCACCGAUAUUUACUGAGUUUUCUUCAGAUAAUGGGUCAGGUGACAUGAUGGAUGAAGACACUUUGACAAACAUUUCUAUCCGUGUGAAAUUGAGUGUGACAGUAUGGGACUUCAUUCUUCCAUUAACUCCUUCACUUCCAGCUGUAUUUGGUAUAUCCGAAACUGUGAUUGAGGAUCGUUUUGGAGUACAACAUGGGAGUGAUGGGUGGUAUGAUGCAUUAGAAAGGCACUUCAAGUGGCUUCUUCAAUUUAGAAUUAGUCCAUUCUUUUGCAGAUGGGGAGACAGCAUGCGUGUCUUAACAUACACCUGUCCCUGGCCAGCUGAUCAUCCAAAGGCAGAUGAAUAUUAUUCAGAUCCAAGACUGGCUGCAUAUGCUGUACCAUAUACUCCAAUUCUUAAUCGUAGUGAUGAUGCUAAAGACGUGGUGCAAAAAGAAGUUGAAACCUUGAAGAAAAAAGCUCACUGGAAGAAAGCUUACUUCUACUUAUGGGAUGAGCCAUUAAACAUGGAGCAGUAUAAUGCUGUCCGCAGCAUGUCCACUGAGCUACGGACGUAUGCACCUGAUGCUCGUGUUCUAACUACUUAUUACUGCGGGCCAAGUGAUGCACCUCUUGCACCUAGUAACUUUGAGGCUUUUGUUAAAGUUCCAAAAUUUCUACGGCCUCAUACUCAAAUAUUUUGUACAAGUGAGUGGGUUCUAGGUAAUCGGGAGGAUUUGGUUAAAGAUAUAAUUGCAGAGAUACAGCCAGACAAUGGUGAGGAAUGGUGGACCUACGUGUGCAUGGGACCUUCAGAUCCUCACCCUAACUGGCACCUCGGGAUGCGGGGCACACAACACCGUGCAGUGAUGUGGCGAGUAUGGAAAGAAGGAGGCAAGGGGUUCCUGUAUUGGGGUGCCAACUGCUAUGAGAAAUCAACGGUUGCGAGUGCAGAGAUAAGAUUCAGGCGUGGGCUUCCGCCAGGCGAUGGGGUCUUGUUUUAUCCUGGCGAGGUUUUCUCCCCAUCUCAUCAACCCGUUGCUUCUGCCAGGCUAGAGCGCAUCCUCAGCGGCUUGCAGGAUAUAGAAUAUCUAAAGCUCUAUGCAUCAAGGUACGGUAGAGAUGAAGGACUGGCGCUCUUAGAGAAGACGGGUGUCUAUCUAGGUCCGGAGCGUUACACACUUGAUCACAUGGCAAUUGAUGUCAUGCGAGCUGAGAUCUUCCGCACGUGCACAUCCUGAAUAACUCAGCAAUUCCUUUUCCCUCUUCUUGUAGUUAGCUCCCAUUAUAACAAAUAGAGGACAUCUUGAUAGUAUUAUAUUAUAGUUUAUAAAGAGAAGACUUGGUUUUUA